GAAACCCUUCUCUCUCACUUGCUACCUUUGUUCAGAUCUAAUCUCGCAGUCUCCCUUUCCUCACAUUAAAUCUCAGCGCAAUCUCGCAGUUUCCCUUUCUUCACAUUAAAAUCUCGCCGCCGAUUAAGAAUGAUGAGCAGAAGAGCAGCUGUUUCUGCAAUCGAUCUCAUUCAUGGAAGAGGAUUUCUGAAUCGAUGGUCGCAUAAAUUGGGUAUUAUCUCUCCUCCGUUCUCUCUCUUCUCUUCCAAGGCUUUUCAACCUAACCGUCCCAGCAUCGAUUGCGGUUGUGUUAAAGAAUUGAAUGAUGCUAUUGAAUUGUUUCAAAGAAUGAAGAGUAUGCGGCUGGAGGCUCCUGUUCUCGCGUAUAAUAAACUUAUGAGUGUUAGUGUAAAGAUUGAGCAAUACACUUUUGCCCUUUAUGUGUUCGAUGAAAUGCUUAGGAUGGGUGUCCCUGUUGAUGUUUACACGAUGACUAUUGCUCUCAACUGUUGUUGUCUCUUGAAAGAUAUAAACUCUGGUGUUGCUAUAAUGGGAUUCUUUUUUAAGAUUGGUUACGAACCAAAUGUCGCGACUAUCGCCACUCUCAUUAAAGGGUUUUUUAUGAAUGAUAAGGAGGCCGAAGCUGUGAAAUUGUUUGAAAAGGUUCUGGAUUUAAAUCUUUGCGAGCCAAAUGGUGUUAUGAUUCUGCAUAUUAUAGAUGGGUUGUGCAAAGUUGGACAAGUCAUGGCAGCCCAUGAACAGCUUCUUAGAUUAGAAAGUAGUGGCUUCAAAGCCGACGUUUGGAGUUAUAGUGCGUUAAUUGACGGAUUUUGCAAAGAAGGAAAGAUGGAAGAGGCUGGGAAGAUAUUGAAAACUAUGACGCAACAAAAUAUUUUUCCCAAUGUCAUCACAUAUUCUUCGCUUAUUGAUGGGUUUUGUUUGAAAGGUGAAAUUGAGAGAGGGAAGAAACUACUCGAUCUCAUGGUAGGGAGGGGCCUUAAACCCAAUGUUGUUACCUAUGGUAGCUUAAUCAAUGGAUAUUGCAAGAAAGGGAGCCACGAUGAAGCUUGGCUUCUUUUUCUUGAAAUUCCAGGUAAAGGUUUGAAGCAUAAUGCACAUACUUAUAAUACCAUGAUACAUGCAUUAUUUAGGAAAGAUAGAUUUGUUGAGGGGUGGAAGCUUUUUGAGGAUAUGGAAGCUCAACACAUACAUCCCGACUUGCAUACAUAUAGUAUAUUAUUGGAUGGGUUGUGUUGGAAUGGGGAGAUUGAUGAAGCUCUUUCGUUACUCCACAAGAUUAAUGUGAAAGGAUUUACUCCUGACAUAGUCAUUUAUGGCUCGCUAAUUGAUGGAUUAUGCAAAAAUGGCAAACGUGAUGUUGCAAGAGAUCUUUUGAGGGAACUUCCUUCUAAAGGUUUGCAGCCUAAUGUUUGGAUAUAUACAAUGAUCAUUGAUUCACUUUGUCGAGAAGAAUAUGUGGAGGAGGCAGAACGUUUGCUUGUAGAGAUGAAGAACCGUGGCUGUGAGCCUGAUCGUGUAACAUACAACAUUAUCAUCCGAAGUUUGCUAAAGCAAAAUGAGUUUCACAAGGCAACAUCAUUCGUGGAAGAAAUGCGCCAAAAGGGAUUAUCAGCAGAUUCUCCAACUUCUUCGGUGCCAAUUGAACAGAGUGGAGAUGAUUUCUUCCUCAAAUUGAUGAUGUAUCUUGCUCCCAAGGAUACUGUGUCAUACUCCAUUUCUUCUUGAUACGAGUUUUGCUAAAACUUGUAUUGAAACUGCUGGUUUUUAUUUUGCUAACUUGGAGAUCUGUACCAGAAUGUGGUUGCGAUAUGUCAUGCUGUGUUUGUUUUCCAAAAGCACACAUUGUUGCAGCAGGUGGUAUUCCUAAGAGCAUCGUUACACUACUGAUUGGGAAACGGCGUUGUUGCCGCCGCCCUUCUUAGUCUUGGCCCACCUAAAAAUGAAGAAAAAAGACGCCGGGUGGACACGGCUGGGAUUGAAGCGGAAGAAGGGGAUGGCGAGGGAGCGGGAGCAGGGGAAGGAGGGUUCAGUAGCGAUGAAAGAGGAGGCGGAGGAGAGCGUUGCCGCAAUUGGGGCAGAGGCUGCUAUGGAGUAUAUGUUAGUGUUUAUGUUGUAGAUAUAGAUGGCAUUUGUAUGUGGUGUGUGUGCAAGCUUAAGUGUAAGGGAUAAUGAUGCCUCUGAUUCAUGAAUUGAAUAUGAGGCUUUAUAUCAAACAUAAAAAUCUAUUAUUUACAUAUAUGCUCGUUUAUUAUCUACUAGCAGAAAGAACGUACGUGUAAUUAAUGUUUUUUAUUUGAUAAUCUAUUAUUUUAGAAA